UUUUUUUUCUCUCUUACUUUCUUCAUCUAAGGUAACAAUGGCACGAUUAGGCCUUUUGAAGAAUCAAGGCAUCUUGAGCAUGCUUUUGAUCGCCAUGGUUAUUUUUUCAACCAUGAUACCUCAAGUCAAAGCUUGGACAGAAGGUAGAUAAUGUCAACGCGUUCCUCGUUUCAUCUAAACUUUUUUAUAGCUGAUUUUGAGAUCUUUGACCUUGUUGAUGCUUUGGAAAAGGCAGAAGGAAAAGAUACUAACUUUUAUAGCUGGUUGGGUGUUUCUCCUUCAGCAAGCCAAGCUGAUAUUAGCAAGGCCUACCGUAAACUUUCUUUAAAAUGGCAUCCUGACAAGAACAAGAACGAUCCCAAGGCCAAAGAAAGGUUCACUCGUCUUGGUGUCAUUGUUUCUAUUUUACGUGACCCUACUAGCCGUGAACGUUACAAUUUCUUUUACAAAAAUGGUGUACCUCGCUGGCGCGGUACUGGCUACUUGUACAGCCGAUUCAGACCAGGUGUAGGCUCUGUUGCUGUGGUGGUCUUGUUAAUUGCUGCAGGUAUGCAGUAUAUUGCAGGACAAAUCAACUAUCGACAAGAAAAGCGCAAGAUUACUCAAUUUGUGAACGAUGCUAGAGCACAAAUGAUUCAAGAUGCACCUAAAGGUCGUGCUCCUACUUUAGGACGCACUUUUAUUGAAAUUGGACAGAGAAAUAUGCGUUGUGAAGUGAAGGGAGAUAACUAUAUUGUGGUCUAUCCUGAUGAACGUACAGGAGAACCUGUUCAUUUGAAUACAAAAUGGGUUACAAAGCCUACUGUCAAGGAUUUGUUUAUUUUUGCUUGGCCUAAGCGUUUGAUUUAUAAAAUGUUGAACAAAAAGGAUGAACAAGUAGAAAUCGAAGAAGACGAAGAACAGGAAGAACAAGAAGAACAAGAUCAAGUAAUCGAUCCACCUAAUAAAAAGUCUGCCAAGAAAUCACUUCGCAAAAGAGGUGGUGGAGAAAAAGUCAAUGUAGUGGGCGCUAAGGUUGGCGGUCGUAGAAGACCUACAAGAAAUUAAUAAAUAAAAGUCUUUCAACUGAAACUUGUUAACGUAAAAAAG